AUGCCCCAGGUCCCGCUGGUGUGUCACGGACACUCCAGACCGAUCGUGAACCUGGAGUACAGCCGCGUGACCCCCGACGGGGUGUUCCUGAUAUCGUCUUCGAAGGAUGGACAACCGAUGCUGCGAUGCGGUGACUCCGGGGACUGGGUGGGGACGUUUCAGGGACACAAAGGGUGCGUGUGGGACGCGUCGCUCAACGCCGAGGCGACGCACGCGGCGACGGCGAGCGCGGAUUUCUCGGCGAGGCUGUGGAACGCCAUCACCGGGGACGAGUUGAAGACGUUUCAACAUAAACAUAUCGUGAAGAGCGUGUGCUUUAGCGAGAACGGAGAGCGGUUGCUCACCGGAGGCGCGGAGAAAUUGCUGAGAAUUUACGAUCUGAAUAAACCCGAAGCCGAUCCGUACGCGAUGGCGGGGCACGCGAGCUCGAUCAAGACGGCGAGCUUCAUACAUAACGACGAGUUGAUUUUGAGCUCGUGCGCGGAGGAUAAGGGAAUCAGGGUGUGGGACGUGCGGACGAACACCGUGGUGACGACGCUGAGCACGGAGUCGCCGGUGAUGUCUAUCGAGGUGAGCGCGGAUGGGAAGCACAUGACGACGGCGGACGGGAAGGACGUGACGUUCUGGGAUUUGCAAAACUUUUCCAAGAUUCAAAAGUGGACGAUGGAGUACGAGGUCGAGAGCGCGAGCGUGAGUUUGAAGCAUAGAAAGUUUGUUGCGGGCGGACCGGAUAUGUGGGUGCACCUGCACGACAUGGAGACAGGAGCCGAGGAGCAAACUAACAAGGGUCAUCACGGCCCUGUGCACAACGUUCGUUUCGCGCCGGAUCAAAAUUCGUACUGCUCCGGCUCAGAAGACGGUACGAUUCGCAUCUGGCAGACGGUGGAGCCGAAGGACUAA